AUGGGCAACCGGCCCGCCUACGUCUGGGUCUGGCUGGGCUGCGCCAAGCUGGGCUGCGCCGUGGCCUGCCUCAACUCCAACGUCAGGGCCGCGUCCCUGCUGCGCUGCUUCCAGAGCAGCGCGGCCACCGUGCUGCUGGCCGCCCCAGAACUGAAGGAAUCUGUUGAAGAAAUACUGCCAUUCUUGAAGAAAGAAAAUGUUAAAGUUUAUUAUUUAAGCAAGACAUCUGCUACAGAAGGAGUUGAGAGCUUUCUUGAUAAAGUAGAUGCUGCUUCAGAUGAGCCUACUCCAUUGACUUGGAGAUCAGAUAUAACCUUUAAAACUCCUGCCAUGUAUAUUUAUACUUCUGGUACUACAGGUCUUCCCAAAGCUGCAGUGAUUAAUCAUGAACGCAUAAUGAUAGCUUGUGGUUUGUUUGAUGCUGGCAACGUUACCUCAGAAGAUAUCGUAUAUACUGCUCUACCACUCUAUCAUAGCUCUGCCCUCCUCAUUGGAGUCCAUGGAUGUAUCCUGAAAGGUGCAACUAUUGUUUUGCGUGACAAAUUUUCAGCAAGCCAGUUCUGGGAUGAUUGCAGAAAAUAUAACGUAACAGUGAUACAGUAUAUUGGGGAAGUGCUUCGGUAUCUUUGCAGUGUGCCACAGAGAAACAAUGAUCAGGAUCACAAAGUCAGACUUGCCAUAGGAAAUGGAAUAAGGGCUGAUGUUUGGAGGGAAUUUAUCCGAAGAUUUGGAAAUAUUAAUAUUUUGGAGUUUUAUGCAUCAACUGAAGGAAACAUUUCUUUUGUAAAUUACACUGGAAAAAUUGGUGCAGUGGGAAGAGUAAACUACCUGCAGAAGAAAAUCUUACGCUAUGAACUGAUUAAAUAUGACGUAGAGAAAGAGGAACCAGUCCGAGAUGAAAAUGGAUACUGCAUAAGAGUUCCCAAAGGUAAACCUGGACUACUGAUCUGCAAAAUCACACGAUAUGCACCAUUUAGUGGCUAUGCAGGAGCAAAACAGCAAACAGAGAAGAAACUAUUAAGAGAUGUCUUCCAAAAAGGGGAUUUAUAUUUCAAUAGUGGUGACCUUUUAAUGAUCGACAAUGAUAACUUCAUUUAUUUCCACGAUCGAACUGGAGACACAUUCCGGUGGAAAGGGGAAAACGUUUCUACUACAGAAGUUGCAGACAUUUUAGGAUUGAUUGACUGUGUUCAAGAAGUUAUUGUAUAUGGAGUAUCUGUUCCAGGUUAUGAAGGCAGAAUAGGAAUGGCAUGUAUCCGACUAAAGGAAGACUGUGAAUUUAACGGAGAAAGUACUUUCAGACAUGUUACCACUCACCUUCCAAACUAUGCAAGACCUCGUUUUAUAAGGGUCAAGAGUGCCAUUGAACUUACAACAACUUUCAAGUACCGUAAAGUACAACUAGUGGAGGAGGGUUUUGAUCCCACAGUCAUCAAAGAUCACCUGUAUUUCCUGGAUGACAAAGAAAAUCUGUAUGUACAAAUGACUCGGGACAUAUAUAACUCAGUAAAAAAACAUGACUUCAAAUUGUAA